GGUAGUAUAGGUAAAGCUUCUCAGCAGUGUGUUGACACCACCUGGUGCAAGGUGAAGCUCUAUACUGCGCUCCUCUCCUUGUGUAGUGAUAUGUGUUUGUGUACAGUGGUGUGUAGGUGUUUCAUGAGUGUGGAGGAGUGUGUACCUUGAUUCAGUGUCCGCACAUUGUAAACAGUGAAGGAAAGUACGUCAUUUUUUUGAGAGGAAGUGAGGGUCCCGCCAGCCAUUGUUGAAGCUGUGAUAGUAUUACUGUUGUUGUUCCUGGGGAUCACGGAGGCGACGCAGCAGCAGUAGCAGUAGCAGUGUUGGAACGAGUGAGGGAGAGUGUAGCAGGUGUGUGAGGGAGUGACCUUGAACGAGGAGCUAGUAACGUACCCUGUGAGCUGUGAGGCUGGUGCCCACACUAACACUACCUACCUGGCCCAAGAUUGACGCACUAACCAUCCAGAAGAAACCACAAUACGUCACUUCUAGUGACUGCUAUCAUAUACACCAUUUCACGAGCAGCGGAACACCAGUAUAACCUCCAGUGCUACAGUGAAACAAUGAACAUCACGAUAAUUAGCGACUGAGUUUAUGUAAUGAAUCAGCUCAAAGACGAUGUUAAUGUCGCGAUGAAAUAAGUGUUGCGUGGUGUGUAAAUAUAUGCUUGACAGUCUUAUGAUGUGCGAGGGUGUCCAAGUGCUGCUCCUGUACGUGCAGCUGCUGCAGUGCCUACAUUCCCGCCUGUCUGCACCUGGUGCCAACACUGUGAGGUUCCAACCUGUGCCUGUCUCCCGCUAGGAUGUCAGCAUGGAACGCGACAGACGAGGGUUCCGUUUGUCGGCUGGAGGUGCGUUGCUCACACUGCUGGCCUUCGUGGCAGCCAUUGCAGCCGCCACCUCCUCCAACUGGGCCUCCUUCACUGUGUACCUUCUCGGAACAGGAGCCAUGACGGGGAACUUCGGUCCGUGGAGAGUAUGCUACAUGGGACCUCAUGGCUUCGACCAGUGUACCAGCCACACCUCCCUACUACAGACCACAUGGUCAUCAUCAGUGGCUGGUGCUGGGUCAGGAGCAUGUGCUAUACUGCUGGGAGUGUCCACUGUCCUGGGUCCCCUGCUGCUUAUUAUGCACACCACCUCUAAGAAGGUCCUCAUUAAGUUCCGUCAUGCCACACUUACAAAGAUGGUCUGCACUGCUACAUCAGUGUUGUGUGGAGUUAUCAGCGUGCUGUUCUUCAUUCUGGAGGUGUUAAUCUUUCGCGUGGGCCAAGAGUCCGGUCUCUAUGUCACGCUCAGUUGGGCCUUUGCUCUGCAGGCAGUAGCAGUGAUAAUGGGCGUGUUGGCUGGAGUGACUGCAGGAAUCGAGUUUGGGUGGUCUCGCAAACUUGGUGGUGAUCCUACAGUAUAUGGUAGAGAUCCAGAGGGCACAGCUGCCACAACUAUAUCUAACCCAAACUUCAAGGACACCAGCAAUGGGCAUACACAGCACAGUAGAUCAGGUAGCACCAGAGGCAGGGGUAGUCAGAGAGGACCUCGAGUGCAUAGAAACUCCAAUGGUGUGGCAAUGACUCGCCUGAGUGGUCAGCCCUACAUGAUCACAGCUAAUGGCAGCAAUGGGCAUCUGAGGGCCAAUGGUGUAGUGGCCUUUGAUCCAAACAGGACUCCUUUAAGAUCUUCUCUUAGAAAGCCCAAACACCCUCCCCCAGAAGAUGCCCCAGACUCUUCGUUGGGGAUCCAGAAUCUGGCCUUUACCCAGUCCAGUCCUGUGCUUAAGAAAAAAGUAAGAAUCCACACACAAUCAACAUCAGUGUAAAAAUGCUAAAUUUGUAAUGUUGCUAUUUUAUUUUUGGGUGCCACCUGGCUAUACUAGCCCAGUGCCACUCAUUCCAUACCAGAUUUGUGCCUCUCGCCAUCUUGGUACGGGUUUUAAGUGCCUAGUGUAAAUAAAAGUGUAACAGGUUUGGGCCCAAAAACCCCCGGUGUAGUGAUUGACGUAUGUCCCAGGAAGAAUGUUAUGAAUGCGAACGUUUACUAUUUUAUAAACUAAUAAACUAUUGUUAUAUAUUUUAAAUGUUUAAAGUUUUGUUAGCUAAGAUGGACUAUUGUGCGGGAUGAUGCAAUUUUCCCCAGAGUCUGGAAGCAUUUACAGUACAGUACUACAAAUAUGAGAAAAAAGCGAACUUUUUAGGACUGUCUUGAAAAAGUGUCCUUACAAAUACAGAUUAAUAUUUGCUUUUUAUAAGGGAGAAAAUUAAAAAUGUUAAAAGCAAGAAUUGCUUAAAAUAUCAGUAGUAGUAUUAAACCAUUUAUAGAUAACUUAUACCAAAUGAGGAAAUAGAGCUUUGACAGGGAACCAAUAUGUGGCUCUUGUGGUUAUACGACAAAUGUCUUGCAAUGCUUAAGUUGGAAACCUGCCUACACCAUUUUUUGCAUAACCAAAUUUGAAAGGCUCUGUGUUACAGAACCCUAUCUUCAGACUGUACUUCAGUUGCAGGUGCCCUCCUUCAGCCUCCCUCUAGUCUUGUCCUUUCUUUCUUUGUUCAUGCAGCCUGAUCCUCAGAAGGUAGUAGUGUUCAUUUUAAGCUGCUGCCAUCUGUUGCACCUUCUCCAUCGCCUCGCUGCUUUCCUUAUAGCGCCUCUACUUACCUACGCCCUCAUGAAUCCUAACGUUCUCCUGCAAUGCUACCAUCCUUCCCCAGGAGUAUCAUAGGCUCUCUAUGGUCACCUGUGAUGAUGAAAAAAAUGAUCCUUUCAGCUCUGUCUGUUUUAUGUCCCCACAGUUACCAGGAGCCCGACUUUUUCAGACCUUGUUUCACUCCCGUUUCCCUUUCCCUUAUGAAGGUUGAAACAAUCACGCUUUUCAUAUAAUUUAUCUUAAAAUGAGAUUUCUCCAUUUGUAUAUACAAGACCCUGAGUUUCAGGCACUUAAAAAUGCCUUAUGACCUAGGUGUUGAACAUUUCUUUGUGAUUAUUGGAAACUACUCAUUUUCCUUUGAUCUGCACCCCCCCUCAGCUCAUUGAUACUUGUAGGUUUUUUUCCUGUGAAUAUUUCUUUUGACUAAGAUACCUCUUUGCAGUCCAUCUACCACAAGUCCUUAAUGAUAGCUGCUGCUACCAGAUCAUGACUGAUUUAAUAUCUACAUACCUUUUACUUGACCUUUUUGUUUUAUACUUGCAUCAUUUAUGUCUACUUUUAUAAUGGAUUAGAGGAUAUAGGAAAUUGGGCAGAAAAUAGGUGCUGGCCUGACUUCUUCUGUAUCUCUUGGAUUUCAGUUAUACUCUUACACCAACCCUGUACACCCUUACCCUUUGCAAAUUCCUACUUUUGCAUAUCCCUCCCCACAGCACUAUGACCCUUACUGGGUGUGCUUAAAUUGAUUAUAAUAUAAUAAUUGUCCUUUAUGCUAUUUGUCUACAAGAAACUAAAUGCCCAGAUACUGGUCUGUCACUGUCUACAUUUUUCUACAAUAUGUUCACCCUUUAAUGUGUAACAAUGAUUAGAAUUUUUGUACACACUGGUGUUCCAUAUACCUGAUAUUUCAAACUCUGCUCCAUUAUGCAACAGCCAGGAGUUAAAAGAUACACUAUUUGCAAAAUCCUAGCACCUACUAUAUUUUUUUCUUUUUUUACUCAGUGGAUGUCUGUCAGUGCAGGGUGACCCAAAGAAGAAAAACAAAAUUCACCAACAUUCACUCACUUGCUGUCUGUCUUUACAGACGUGUGUCGACACGAGUCUUAUUACCUUCUGACAGCAACAUCCCCACCCCAUUCGGAGUGCCCUUCCCAUCUCAGGGGCUCAGGUCCAACUAACUGGCUUCCCUAAAUACCUUCAUAAAACUUAUCCUGUUCCCACUCCAAUAGUAUGUCCAUUAAAAACCACCAGUCUCCAUUCACUGAAGUUUUCUGGAUAAUGAAGUCCCUAAAACUCAAAGCCUUAUGUACCCACCCCUUACAACCAUUCCUGGGACAAUAUACAGUACAUAUACUAUGAAAAAAUAUAUUAAUACCCAAGCACUUUCAUGUGCUUAUGCGCACAUCAGAGGGAAUAGAAAGAAUCAAGUCGGCUUUUAGCAUGGGACCAUGGGCUGCCUGCAGUGUCCAUUUUAUUACAUGACAGUAAGCCUACUACAGCCUCUUUAUUUUAACUUUAGCAUGAUUCACCUCACCAAUAAUAUUAGGACAGAGCUAAACCUGAAAGGAUCAUACAGCACCAUGUCACUUUAAAAAAUGCUUCCCUUGUUUUUAUUUUAUACUCCCUUUGCAAUGACCUGCGUGAGCUUGUGUUGGAGUGCAGAGAUGUUGAAUCUUCCGAGUUAUGAGAAUAUCAGCAUAACGGAACCAGGUGAUCGAGGAGGGUACGACAGAGAAAAACCUCUCAUCUUAAAGAUGUUCCAUGUGUAAUCUCUCAAGAACAGCACUUAAUGGUGAACCCCUUGGUACACUGAAGAUCUGUUGAAAGAAAGAAUUUUCAGAAGAGAAACAGAGCCAAUACACAGUUCAUUAUUAUUAUAAGCUGUAUAGUCCUUGUGGCUUAGUGCUUCUUUUUGAUUAUAAUAAUAAUAAUAAUAAUAAUAAUUAUUAUUAUUAUAAAAAAUAGGCACUAGACCCACCAGGGUCAUACAGCACUGAACACUUGGUUCAGUGAGAUCAGAAUCACUAGGUGGAAUGGGAAGGUUGAGGUUUAGUUUUUGUUGCAGAUCAAUGGCUUAUGCUAUGGGUACUUAGUGAAUAGGAAUGUAAAGUCUGACCUGGAGAUUUCUUGUUUCUGAUGAAGUUGUAAAGAUUACUAGAAUGUUUUUGAAUGUGUGCCAAUGGUGCUUAAGUUCUUUUAGGUGUUUGACUAGAAUCCCAAAUAGUUUGUGGGGACGCUGCUUAUUCCAGAUGAGAUAGGUCUCAAUGGAAUGUCUAGUUUCUGCAUCUUCUACACACUAUUCCAAUCAACCCAAAAUUUGCCAGAACAUAUGGCCUGAAGACAAACCAGAAUUAGUGAGACCCAUCUCAUCUGGAAUAGGCAGUCACUGCUGUAUGAUCCUUGUGGGUUUAGCGCUUAGUUUUGAUUAUAAUAAUGGAAUAGGCAGUAAUCCCCCACAAUCAGGGAUUCUAGGACAUCAGUAAGACACCAAGUUAAAACCACAGCAGGGGGUAUACACAAUCCCUCACAAUCACUGUGACCAAGUGUACAAAGGAGAAACAUCAAAAGACCUCCAUACAAGACUCAUUGUCAAAGAUAGGGUUCAAAAUGCAGGAUUCUGGAAUAGUUGCUAAUCAGCAUAUGAAACAACUUCACCCAGAACAGCAGCUGUUACAGCAUAGCUGAGCCUCUUGCCAGGAAACCUCUUCAUUAUUAUCCCACAGCAACAGGUUAUAGUAUGAAGGAACACUCCAACAGGCCUACUGAUCAAAGAUAGGCCAAUCCUCCUUAAGUGCAACUUUCCCAGCCAUAUAUUUCUCCAGCCUGUCAUUAGUUUUCCAAAGAAGCUUUAAAAUACCUCACCUGACUCUUCACAUCAGUAUGCCCAUUAUAUACACAUGCACAUCCUCUCCCUCCCCAGGUAGAUCUGUUUGUGACCUGAUAUAGCUCACUGUAUGAGCAAUAUGCCAUUGAUAAAGCAUCACAUUAAACUUCACUUGUGUCCAUCUCCACUUCUAGCAAGACUGCAUUAAAGGGAUGAUUGGGAAUAUGUUUUCUUUGUUGGAAUCAUCCUACCUUACCAGCAGACUGCUGAGGAACCCACCCGCCCCCACACUUUCUCACGUGCACACACAUUCUCGAAUGCACACACACUUUCUCACAUGUGCACACGCUUUCUCACAUGCACUCUCGCAUACAUACAGGCACUUUCUCACAUGCACACACACUUGCAUACACACUUUCUCACACGUACACACUUGUAAAAAUUUAUGUCUGUAUAACAGCCUAUCUUUAUGCACUGAUUUAAAGUUCAUAACCUGAUAAAUCUGUUACUAUACUCAACUUGUCACUAAAAACUAGCAUUCUACAUUGUGAAAGCCACAGUACUAAAUGCUAUGUUAUGACAACUAAAAUUUUAAUAGCUGAGGAAUAACUGACAUACAUUUACACACUACGUACGAACACACACACGGCCAGUUUUUAGAAAUCAUAAUAAAUAUUAAUGGUGUUACAUACAGCAUAUCAUAUAUGAAUCCCAUCUUUGAGUAUGGAGCACCAGCAUGGAAGCCACACCUGAUAAGCAUUCUAAGAAACUAAGAGGAUGUAUAGAGCCUUGUUGAGGGAAAUAAGCUAUAAUUAGUUAAAUCUAACACAAAAUAGAAGGACCAAGAAUGACAGCAUUCAAUUAUCAGAGGCCCUGAUACGGUGGACAGAGACUGUUCAAGAGGUGAAAAGUAGGUACAGUCGAAACUUAAAGACAUGGAUGAUCCAUAGGGAUGUCAGGAAAUAUUUAUUCAGGCUUGGAGUGCUAAUGAAGUGGAAGGACUUUCAUGAAGAAGUGAUAGAGCCAGACUACAUAGCUUUAUAAAUAGGUAUUGCAGCGCUAUAUAGCCCUUGUGGCUUAGCGCUUCUUUUUGAUUAUUAUAAUAAUAAUAAUAUAAAUAGGUAUGAUAUGCUCUAUGAAGCCAGGUAGCAGUGAGCCUAGUCAUGGAAAACAAAAAGGGCAGGGCUGAGGUAUGACCCUUGCAUCCACAAACAGGUAUUGUAGGUGUACCCAUAUCUUAAACCAAAUUUGGACUAUGCAGCAGUGGUAAAGGUGUUGACAUCUAGUAUGUAGAUAACUAGAAAAGUCCAAAGACAAGCUAUUAAAUGGCUUUAUGAGCUAAAAUAUAAGUUAAGAAGAAAGGCUGAAAGCAAUAGAUGUAAUAAUCACAUACUGAAUAUUGUAUAAUAUUAAAAGAGGCAAAAGAUUUCCAGAAUAGACAUACUGUAGAUAUAACUCAAGGAAGAAGUUGCCAAAAAGAUACUAGAAGGCUCUUUUCAGUGUUAGAUUACUAUGUAUCAACAGAAAUGCUCUUGAUCCAAGGAACUGGAGCUUCCUUUCACUGGAUCAAACCUGAUUACCUCCUAUUUCCCAGGUUUAGUUCUUUCUCAUGAAAAUAAUUAUAAAGAAAUCAUAAGAGUGCUUGAGAAAUAAGUAAACAGGGUCAGUGCAAGGAGGGAUACUUACAGUUCCUUGGAUCAAGAGCCCUUCACUGACAUCAAAACACACUCCCUCUUAAGAAAAGUGGUAGAACAAUGGAAUGUGUUACAGGAGGUAGUAAAUGCAACCACUGGAUUUUUUUUUUUAUUAAGAUUAAAUACAGUACUGAGGAUGCAUGGACUUACCUCUGCUCCUGUAGCCAUAGAUAGUUACUGGUAAUUACUUACAUAUGCUGUUUACAUUUUACCAACUUCGAGCACUUUCCAUCAGUCUUCCUUCACCUCCCUAGUCUCACACCAUACCUGCAAUUUACCGAAGUAGUAGUAGUUAAAUUAGCCUGCAAGAGCAAUUUUGCUUUUGCUGCAGUCAUCAAGUCCUACAGGACCAGGUAAUCAGAUCAAUCAUAUUAAAGCCAUUUAAGUUUGCUAGAUUUAAGACGAAAAGUUUGAAGUUAUCUAGCACAGUGUUCUAUAUGGGUGGUAUAAGCUGUAUUCUUGCUGAAUCUAAUGUAAUGACAUUGCAAAAAUAUAUGAAUACACUCUUGUAAAAAUAACUGGAAUGAUAUUGGAAUAAAUUUUUUUUUAUAAAACAUUGCAGUUUUUCAAAUCAGUACCUGGUUUAUAUGAAAUAUAUAUUCAUGUUAAGAUUUUCAAGAUUAUUAUAAUCAAAAAGAAGCACUAAACCACAAGGGCCAAGCUUUUUCAAGAAAAUUGGUUUUUAUGAGUUCCUAUUUAAUAGAUUUUUAAUUUUCAUUUAAUUUGUUACUUACCAUUUUAAAACAGAAGACUGCUUCAUGCUUUACUUGUGAGGAAUCUGCCCUAAAUUAAUAUUUCAAUGUAACACAGUAUCAUGUGUUGUCCUCUCACUGUCCACUCGUUAAGUUCUUGAAGGGGUGUAAAUGUCUGUACAAUGGCCUAUUAAGUUUUUGUAUACUGAAAUAUGUACGAGAUCCUUUCAAAUUUAACAUAUCUGAAGAUGUGUGUGUAAACACAUGAAAAUACUUUUUUUUUUUUCCUAUUUUCACUGGUGUAUGUAUGUGUGUGUAUACUGUAUGUAUAUAUGCAUGUAUGUAUAUGUGUACACACACACACAUAUAAGUUAUUAAAGUACACUGAUUUUUAUUUUCAACUUUGGGGUAGAAAAGGCAAUAUUUUUUUUUUUU